CCGGUUUGAACUUGGCGGGCCCGAUGUGGGCGGCGGGGCUCAGGCGGGCUUCCUCUCCCCGGCUGUCCAGCCAGCUGUCCGCCGACUCCAGGCCCCGGUCUCGGCCCCCCUCUGGCUCGUUCCCAUGCCUCCUGACGGGCGCCCGGGAGCAGGGGCUGGCGGUGGUGGCGGUGAUGUCUGAGUGCUCGGUGUCUCCGCCCCAGAGCUGCAGCAAUUCCACCAUGUCGCUGCUGUCGCCCCUCGGCCACCAGAGCUUCCCGUUUGACGAGGACGACGAUGACGGGGAGGAGGGGGAGGAUGAGGAAGACCUGGACGAAGAAGCCCCUGACUCAGAGUCCAAGGUGGCAAGCCUGAGAGGAUUGGAGUUACAGGGGUGCUCCAGCAUUGAAGAAGAUAACCAAGAACAAGAAAAACAGGUGUGCUUAGCGGAAACUAGCCUAACACCAUGGGAGGUGUGGUUUGUUGGCAAAGAGAAAAAAGAACGUGACCGGCUACAACAGAAAGCUCUAGAGGAAUUAAAUCGACAACUAGAAAAAAGAAAAGAAAUGGAAGAACGUGAAAAAAGAAAAAUAAUUGCUGAAGAAAAGCAUAAAGAAUGGGUGCGGAAAAAGAAUGAGCAGAAAAGAAAAGAAAGGGAACAAAAAAUUAAUAAAGAAAUGGAAGAAAAAGCAGCAAAGCAACUGGAAAAAGAACAUUUACAAGAAAAAGCGAAAGAAAAAUAUCAAGAAUGGUUAAAGAAAAAAAAAGCUGAAGAAUAUGAGAAGAAGAAGAAAGAGAUGGAAAAAGAAAAACAGCGACAAGCAGAAUUACAGGAGAAAAAAGAAACUGCAGAGAAAAAAUUUAAGGAAUGGUUGGAAAAUGCAAAAAAUAAACCUCGUCCAGCUGCCAAGAGCUAUGGUUAUGCCAACGGAAAACUUACAGGUUUUUACAGUGGAACUUCGUAUCCAGAACCAGCCUUUUAUAAUCCAAUUCCAUGGAAACCCAUCCAUAUGCCUCCUCCUAAAGAAGCUAAGGAUUUAUCUGGAAAGAAGAAUAAAAAACCUGUGAUAAGUCAGCCAUACCGGGCAUCCUCUCUGCUACUUCAUAAAGCCAGAAGCAAUCUUUGCCUUGGAACUUUAUACAGAGUACAAAGAUAGCAUAUAUGGGUAAUAGCAUGCUUUUUAUCUGGAACUAAUUGUUGCUAAAAAUCAAUUUUUUUUUUACUGCUCAAUCAGUAAGUGAAAGUUUGAUGUGAUUAUUGGCAAGUACCAAUUUUUUUUGCAUUUGUAGUUCUUAGAGUUAAUUGAGGAAGAUAUUUUCUACGUUUUUAUUUUUAGGGGACUUUCAAGGCUAGCCUUGGCAUGUCGUUUUACAGGAUAAGUGACUAAAUAACUAAUGAUUGUGACUGUAUUUAGCUUAUAUUAAAACUGUAA